CUGUUUUUUUUCCAAUUACUUUAAAAUGCUUGAAUAUCCAAAAUCUCUGUUUCACAAUCAAAAUGUUCCUGAUGCCAGUUUGAUAAUGAACUAAUGCGAGAUCUCCCGUUGCAGUUUCUGACAGAUGUAAAGAUGGGAGAUGCUGAGGAUGACAUUGCUGUCAUCGGUAUUGGCUGCAAUUUUCCAGGAGGAGAAGGCCUUGAGAAUUUCUGGAAGGUUCUGCUGGAGGGGAAGAACUGUGCAGUACCGAUCCCAAAUGAGAGGUUUGACUGUUCCCAGUGGUACGACCCUGAUAACAAAGUGGGAAAAUCAUGCACGGCUAAGGCAGCGCUCAUUGAUGGGUUCAAUGAGUUUGAUCACAAGCUCUUUGGCAUCACUGAGUCUGAGGUGGAACAAAUGGACCCACAGCAGAAAUACCUUCUUCAGUGUACAUAUAGAGCUCUGGAAAAUGCUGGGAUUCCAAUGGAAAAGGCCAGCGGAACCAGAACAGGGGUCUAUUUGGGGUUAAUGAACAGAGAUUAUGAGCAAGCGGCUGGAGGUGUCUGCCCAAAUAUAAUCAACCACUGGACGGGCACGGGACUAGCUAUGAGUAUAGCAGCCAACCGCGUCUCCUACGUCUUCAACAGAGGGACAUUACUAUAUUUUACAUUCCUUUAUUCAUCAGGUGAUUGCGAGAUGGCUCUCUGUGGGGGUGUGAGCUGUAUCAUACAGCCAACUGUCUUUGUGGCUCUCAGCAUGGCAAAGAUGAUUUCGCCUGAAGGCACCAGCAAGCCUUUCUCCAGCAGAGCAGAUGGAUAUGGCAGAGGAGAGGGUUGUGGGGUUCUUCUGCUGAAGCCACUGAAAAAAGCUCUCAAAGAAAAUGACAAUAUUUGGGGCAUCAUCACAAAAACUGCAGUAAACCAAGAUGGCCACACAGUCAGUCCAAUCACCAAGCCGUCCAUGGUCCAGCAAGAGGAUCUUCUUCGCAGAAUCUAUUCAGAGUCAGACCUGUCAGCUGUCCAGUACAUAGAGGCUCAUGGGACUGGAACUCCAGUGGGGGACCCCAUAGAAGCUGGCAGCAUCUCCAAAGUAAUUGCCAAAGCCAGACCUCCAGGUUUAGAGACACUCUGCAUCGGCUCUGUGAAAGGCAACAUCGGUCACACAGAAUCUGCAGCUGGAGUGGCAGGGCUCAUCAAGCUUUCAUUGGCAAUGUCUCACAGACAAACUAUGCAGCAGCCAAUUCAUUCCUGGACACGUUCUGUCAUUAUAGACGGAACAGUGGACUAGCUGGGCAGUCCAUCAACUGGGGGGCUUUGAAUCUUGGUCUCCUGCUCAACAAGGAUCAUUUUCAAAGGUUCCUUGAAGCAAAGGGACUGAUGGUU